GAGUCGGUGGUUUUUCCCGGCCCGCGUGCAGCGUCACGCACCGCGUGUGUAACUCUACACGAACCGCAGGCUGAUGUUGCUCGCAUGAGCAGCUAGCCACCUACAAGGCUACAGCUCAGCGUUUAAAACGUUAAUUCACUCGAUACAAAUGUAAGGUCUUCUUCCGUCUACGGUUACAGGAUAACUCGCUGGAGUGGAAAUGGCGCUGUCUGCCGUGGCUGUAGCGGUGCUCUGCGCGGUUCUGUCGGCGUGUGAGGUGAGUGCAAAUGAGGACUGCCUGUGGUACGUGGACAAGAAUGGCACCUGGCACAAUGGCUUUGACUGCCCGCUUAUCUCCUUCUGCUGUGGGAACUGCCACCGGCGUUACUGCUGCCUGGAUGGCUUCAAGAUGAUCACAGAGAGGGGACAGAAACGGUGUAUGCUCUUCCAUCUCAGUCCCUCCACUAUAGCAGGCAUUGCUUCAUCUAUCCUGCUCUUCGUGGCUGCCAUUGCCACCAUGGUCUGUUGCUUCAUGUGCUCAUGCUGCUACCUAUACCAGCGCCACCAGCAGCGAGGCAGGACAACUUAUGAAGCCCAGCAGAUUCCAAUGGCCAGCUACCCUGUGGAACCCAUGUAUGACGCAUAUGGUAAACCCAUUGGAAACCCUGAGAACCCUGGAUAUCCUGUGGCUUCACAGUACUCUGGUAUGCCUCCGCAUUAUCCUAUGAUGAUGCAGGGGCCUUACCCCCCUUACCCUCCUGCUGAUCCAGGGUACAGUCAAGGAGCUCCUCCACCGUAUUCCCCUCCACAGUACCCAGGCCACUGAGACCACUGAGGAAUCCUCCAUUUAAGAGAGCACAACAAAGACUAGUUGGUGGCAUGAGACACUGCUCUUGAGGAGUCCGUUGACUAACCUGUGGCACUUUUAAAAAUGUUAAUUUAUUUAUUGUAUUUAUUUCUCAAGUGUUCUUUGGAGUGCAGCAUGAAUGGCCUGGGUUUGCCUGCUGUUGGAGUGAGUCCCACUGUGAACACAUGUCUCAUUUUACUAACUGCUAAGACAUAUUUACCUUCGUUGAAACAUAUAACUCCCUCACCAAUUUACAUACCAUCCAACAUCAGGCCAUCUUGGUUUUUUACUUUUAAUUCCCUGGUGUAUCACAGUUGUUUUUUGCGUAACAUUCACAUGAAGGACAUUUAGAGUUUUAGUGUUUUUAGUGUUUUUGAAAACUUGUGCUGCAGGUUGAUGGACUGUCUUUGUUUCAUCUGCUGCAGACUCCUUUUUAUGUGUUUGUCAGUCUGUCUACAACAACAGACUACAGUAUUUUACAGCACAUAUGAAUGACAGUCCAAAAACUUGAGUUAAUAAAAAUUCCACAGCAUUUAGAUUUGUCUUAUAUAUUAGUUUUUUUUUUACCACCAAGCUGAUUACUUUUAAUUUUAGUUUUGUCUGUUCAUGUUUGUGUCUUACUUAAUAAUGGCAGUUUAUUAAGUAAGUCCCUUAACUAAGGUUCCUUCAGACUUCAACCCAACUUUAACUGUUGCUGUAGCUUAUGCUACCUAAUCAACAUGUUUUGCCUUACAGAGGUCAAUAAAAUUAGCUGACGAUAACAGAGGUAGAACAGAUAUACUUACUUAAAAUUCACAGCCUUUCUAUAAAUUUUGUUUUCAAAUGAUUUUCUCAUGCAACUUAGCGGAGCAUAUCUCUGUUAUUUCAGUUGUUGUUUUUUCUUUAACGGUCUUGAUGCAUACUCACUGGCCACUUCAUUACACCUUGUAUCUACACCCAUUGUCCAUUUUAUCAGGUCCAUUAUGUAGUUCUACAAUUACAGACUGUAGUCUGUUUGUUUGUCUGUAUAAUUUGUUAGCCCUGCCAUUGUGCCCUGUUCAUCAAUGACUAUGAACCCCACAGGACCACCACUAAGCAGUUAUAUUUGGAUGAUGGAUCUUUCUCAUUAUUGCAGUGACACUGAAAUGGUAGUGACAGGUAAGUGUGCUGCACUGGUACAAGUGGAUCAAACACAGCACUGCUGCUGGAGUUAAACACUGUGUACACUUAUUGUGCACUUUUUAGAACACUCCUACCUUGGUUCACCCUGUAGAUGUAAAGUUAGAGACGAUAACUUGUCUCUCUUGCCACACAGUUUGAGUUAGUCAUAAUCUAGUCCCUCAUCAGUGGUCAGUUUCUGGUCACAGGAUACUAUUCAUUGGAUAUUUUUGGAUGGUGAACUGUUGGUGUUGGAUGGUGAACAGUCCAGCAGUGACACUGAGCUGUUUAAAAACUCAGGCAGCACUGCUGUAUGUGAUCCUCAGUCCAGCAGUGACACUGAGCUGUUUAAAAACUCAGGCAGCACUGCUGUAGGUGAUCCUCAGUGCAGCACACACACAAUUGCAUGUCAACACCAUGUGUGUGUCACUGCUGUGCUGAGAAUGAUCCACGACCUAAAUGUCUACUUAAACAUAGUCCUGCGAAGUCUUGACCAUGGAUGAACAGAGUAAAGAAGGGCUAACAAAUCAUGCAGAGAAACAUUACAAAUGUAGAACUACAUAAUGCAGCUAUACAGAAAGUGGACCUGAUAAAAUGGACAAGAAGUAGAGGUGCAAGGUAGGUGUACCUACAUAAAAAAAGUAGUCAGUGAGUGUAUGUUGAGAUAAAAAUAAUGUUCAAGAAAGUUUAUGAGAUCAUCAAAUUGUAAAGAAAGACAAUUUGGGGAUGAUACCUUUUCUGAUGAAAGCACUAAAGGAACUGUCCACUGAGAACACUGGUAGGUUUAUUGGAAAAAGGAAUUUAAGUGAAAACAUUUCUGAAACCGUUUGUAUCUGCUGUGAUUUAAGUAAGCGUUACUACCUCCUCACAUUAAUGCCAUAAAUACCAAUCUAAACUGGAACUCAUUUGCAGUUACCCUGUGGUACAGAGUAUACGAACCAGAUUUAGUUGUGAUGGUUUGUGUACUGCUGAAAUUACUUAUACUUUAAUGCAAAUAUCCUGUGAUAUUAUGUAGAGAGUGUUGGUGUAAUUUAUUGUUUAUUCAUCCCUUUGGAAUGUGAAGUGAAAACUGAUACUGUAUAUCUACAAAAGACAAAGAGAUAUAUGUUUUACAUAACAAAAAAUAACCAUUUCACUCAUGGAAUGAUGCAAAACUUUACUAGAGUUAGAACUUAAAUUCUACCCAUUAUAACAGAGUUCUAAUCUAACAGCCUGAAAUGGAAGCACUAUAAUGCAAAGCUCACUUUUUACAAUAAACAACUGGUCUUGUA